AUGAACUCACACCAUCUUCAGACAGCCGACAAUGGCUCUGACAUCAAUUCCGAUAAUCAGGAGCGUUUAUACAUCCUGCAGCUGAUGAUUGAGCGGCAGCAGCAACAGAUUGAGAACCUACAAGAAUUAUUAUCAGUAUCACAACUCGAAAACUUACAAUACCGAUUGUUGGAGUUGAAAGAGGCGCACUCAGAUAAAGUCGCCUUGUACAACGACUUGGAGCAGCGCAUCUUAGAGCAGGACCGUGAAAUUUCAGGCGCGUAUGAGCAUCAACUUCUCCAGCGGGCUUCUGAGUUGGAUGCAUAUGGCGAUCAGAAUCGUCUGUUUUCUCCAUCUCGGAAAUUGAUCGACACGAGCCUCGUCGUCCACGACGCUGACAUCAAGCUUGACAUGGAAGCCGUCACUUAUGUGGAGGGCCGCAAUCAGCAUAGGAUAGCCCAAGUAACACGAGGAUUCGAACUUCGAUACUCCAUGUUGGUUACCGACUACUAUGAGUAUGAGUUAUGCGAUGCACCAGAUGCAGUCAUCGAUGCUUUGAACAAAAAGAGUGACUUCGAAAUUUUGCCUCGCUAUCGGAAACUCGUUGACGAGGAUUGGAAACUUCAAGCUAUUGCAAUCUGUGAGUCGGUAAUUCGGCAGUGGAAGGCUUUCAAUGCGCCCUCGGUUGAUUCAAGUGGAUUCUCUAUCGCAGCUGCCGAGCGACAAAUGGAACGUGUCAAUGACAUGGUUGAAAUCUUGGAUAACGAAUUACAGGUCUCUUCGACGGAUGACACAGAAUUCUCCGAUGGAUCAUCUAUCUUUUAA